CUAGGGAGAGUGGGCGGUGCUGGGUCGCGCCGGGCCUGGGGCCGAGGCGGCGCGGCGCUGACAGCUGAGUCGGCUCGCGGCCUCCCGCCCCCUCGGUGCCCGGCCCCGACCCAGGCCUGGCCUGCCAGGGAGCCAUGAGCUCCGGGCUGCUGCUGCUGCUCGGCAGCGCCGUCCUGGUUGCCUUCGGCCUCUUCUGCACCUUCGUGCACCGCGCUCGCAGCCGCUACGAGCACAUCCCCGGGCCGCCGAGGCCCAGUUUCCUUCUAGGACACCUCCCCUACUUUUGGAAAAAGGAUGAGGUUUGUGGCCGCAUGCUCCAAGAUGUGUUUUUGGAUUGGGCUAAGAAGUACGGACCUGUUGUGCGGGUCAAUGUCUUCCACAAAACCUCGGUCAUCAUCACAAGCCCUGAGUCGGUCAAGAAGUUCCUGAUGUCAACCAAGUACAACAAGGACUCCAAGAUGUAUCACGCAAUCCAGACCGUGUUUGGCGAGAGACUGUUUGGCCAAGGUUUGGUGUCGGAAUGUGACUAUGAGCGCUGGCACAAACAGCGCAGGGUCAUGGACUUGGCCUUCAGCCGCAGCUCCCUGGUCAGCUUGAUGGAAACGUUCAACGAGAAAGCGGAGCAGCUGGUGGAGAUUCUGGAGGCCAAGGCGGACGGGCAGACCCCGGUGUCCAUGCAGGACAUGCUGACCUGCGCCACCAUGGACAUCCUGGCCAAGGCAGCUUUUGGGAUGGAGACAGGCAUGCUGCUGGGUGCCCAGAAGCCUCUGUCCCGGAAGGUGAAGCUGAUCCUGGAGGGUAUUACUGCAUCUCGCAACACCCUGGCGAAGUUCAUGCCAGGGGAGUGGAAGAAACUCCGCGAGAUCCGGGAGAGCGUUCGCUUCCUGCGCCAGGUGGGCAAGGACUGGGUCCAGCGCCGCCGGGAGGCCCUCAAGAGGGGCGAGGACGUCCCUGCCGACAUCCUCACGCAGAUCCUCAAAGCGGAAGAGGGCGCCCAGGACGACGAGAUCCUGCUGGACAACUUCGUCACCUUCUUCAUCGCCGGCCACGAGACCUCUGCCAAUCAUCUGGCGUUCACGGUGAUGGAGCUGUCCCGCCAGCCUGAGAUCUUGGCAAGGCUGCAGGCCGAGGUGGACGAGGUCAUCGGUUCUAAGAGGCACCUGGACUGUGACGACCUGGGGAGACUGCAGUACCUGUCCCAGGUCCUCAAAGAGUCACUGAGGCUGUACCCACCAGCAUGGGGCACCUUUCGGCUGCUGGAGGAGGAGACCUUGAUUGACGGGGUCCGAGUCCCCGGAAACACCCCGCUCCUGUUCAGCACCUACGUCAUGGGGCGCAUGGACACUUACUUUGAGGACCCGCUGACUUUCAACCCCGACCGCUUCGGCCCCAAAGCACCGAAGUAAGUCCCCUUCAGGCUGU